AUGGCUCGAAAGGUUUGGCAACGCAACUUUGCUGCGGGACAUGGUCUCGAAAAGGCUCUAAACGCCGCUCGAAGCUCUGCUGCUCCAGCUCCUAUUCAGAGCCCCCCAGGCGGAACCUCUGCGCAAGAGCUUCAGGCUUUGGUCGACGCUGACGUCGGCGCCGAUGGCUUCAUCCUCUCCUCCUUCACAGCCGACGAUGCCGUCGAGCUCGGCAACCUCCUCUACGCCCGCCUCCUCCCCUUUGCCCGGGAAGGCCGCGCCACGCUCAUCUCCAUCAGCGCGGGCGCCGGGUCUCAGACGCUGUACCAAGUCGCCACCGGCAGCGGCGUGACGCCCGACAACGAGAGCUGGGUGAAGCGGAAGACGGCCGCGGUGCUCCGGUUCGGCACCAGCUCGUGGUAUCUGGGACAAAAGUACGCCGGCAACGAGGCGGCGUUUGCGGCAAAGUUUUCGCUGGGACCGAGCGAGGCGGGAGGUUAUGCGAUCCAUGGAGGUGGUGUGCCGAUCCGGGUGGCGGGCGUGGAGGGAGUGGUGGGAGUGGUUGUUGUGAGUGGGCUGAAGCAGCAUGAGGAUCACGGUGUGAUUGCUGAGGUGGUUCGGGAGAACUGGGUAUAA